CCUGUGCCCGACGAGAAAUGGGAAUCCUUGGGUCAUGGACUGUCAGCCUCUUGCUUUUGUUGUUUUGCCUGGGAACAAGAUGGACGACAAUAAAUGCAAAAGUCCACAGAAUGAGGAGAACAGUCUUUACGACUCCAAGAGAAACCGAAUUUCUAAAUGGCGAUAAUAUUAAAAAAAUUAAUGACGAAAUUUUGAUGUUAGUAGAGACUCGAAACGUAAUUCCUAAAAAAAGGAAUAAGGAUGAAACGUUGGAUCAACGAGUGGAUCCAUCGAAUAUAGCGAUGAUGAACGUUGAUAACGAGAAGGAAAAUUUAGAGCAUGUUUUAUCUAUCGUGGAAUACGAGCCACGAAAGAUUAAUAACAAAGAAAAAGGAAAAAUUAUAAAUACUUUUAGCGAUAAUCUUGAUACUAUAACUUACAGUAAUGAAAAUGCAAAUCCAGUAACGCCAGAUGUUACCAGUCUCUACUACGAAGUGCCACGAACCAUAGAACCCAAUAAAGUAACAAUAACUCCACAAUACUAUACUAGAGCCAACCAACGCGCUCCAAAAUCGCUGAAAACCGAGCAAAAUCCAAAAUCUCAAAACACGUACCCAGUCACAACUUUCAAACGUAAAUCCUUUAGAAUUCAUGUCACGCCAAAUUCUUCCCCUAUCACAUCAUCAGAAGAAGCAAGAAACACAUCUCCAAGUGACAUUUCUAAUUCAACCAAAGCAAAUAGAAGGAAGAAAACACGUAAACGAAUGAAAAAUAAAUCUUUAACGAAGCAAGAAGCAUCUAAACUCUUAGAAAAUGUUGUUAAUUAUCCUAAGACCGAAGAAUCGUUUAAUAAUGAAGGUAGAAACAAAUCAAAGAAAUUGGGCCUGCAGAUCAAAUACAAUGUUGAGCCUAGACCAUUUUCAUCCGAGAUCAGAUCUGGUGAGAAAAAUCAGGAGAAUAAUUUAGAAAAGUUAAUCGGUGGUGAAGUAAAUUCUAACAAUACUAACGUCUCUGAUAAAAAUGUUCAUCCAAAGAAUGUGAAAAUCAGUGAUGGUUAUUCGAAAGAUUAUUCAAAGAUAAUGGAUCCACUAAAAAUCUCUUCGUCUGGAUCGAAGAGAAAAUUAUACGAAGACACAGAAGAUAGUUCUACAGUAAAAGGCAAUCCUUUGUCCACAUCUACUAACGAAUCCUUUAAACCAAAUAAAGACAAUCCUUCUUAUAAAAAUAUUCAAACUACUGAGACAAAUGAUUUUGAGAAUGAAAUUUCAUCGGUGACUCAAUCGAAUUUGUAUAAAAAUAUUCCAGCCACUAUUGAUUCAAUGAAUCCAAUUGUAUCCACUCCAGUAUCUUUCACAGAAUCCAAUCUGUAUUCCUCUAGUCACAUGUACUACUAUCCGCCAUUGCUGCCUACAGUAGUGCAAUUUAAACAACGAAGAAUUAAUAAAGCAUCUUCAGAUGACGUGACAGUGGUCACAACUUCCGAAAACGACGAAAAUGAGAAACGCAGGAAAUAUGAAAUUCGUAAAGACGAAGAUCAUCAGACUGAAGAUCAACAGAAUCAUCGAGAUUUGCCUGAGACUGCAGAGGAUAGUUCUGAAAGGUAUAAAAAGUAUGAAGAUAAGGGAUACAGAAGAUACGCGCACAAGUAUAAUGAUAAAGAGGAGGAGGAGGAGGAUGUUGUAAGCGAUGGCACGCACGAUAAUGAAAGUCAUCAGAGUGCGAAGGAGGGUGCAGCAGAUGACGCAAGUGGGAAGGAUGGUGAGAAGAAAUUUGAGAAGGGUGGAGCCACGGAAGAAGAACAGGAACAUCAUAACAGCGAGGGUGAGAAGGAAGAGAAGGUCUAUAAGAGUUGGCACGAGAACGAGAAAGCCAAUAAGGGUCAUCAAGACAAGGAACAGCAGAGCAAUUAUUACGACGAGAAGGAUGGCGAUGAGAAAGAGCACAAGGAAGAGGGUGGUUACCACGAGGAGCAUCAAAAAGGCGAGAAAGGCGAGAAACAGGCGGAAUUCGACGAGAAGGGUGAGCAUCAAAAGGGUUACAAUACCAAAGGACAACACUCUGUGCACAAAAAGGACGAGUUCGAAAAGCGAACGGAAUUCUUCGACGAAUUUCACGAAGAUGGGGAUAUGGAGAAGGAAGGUGAGCUGUAUGACGAGCACAAAAUGUCCAAGGGUGGCCAUUAUAAAUCGGGACACCAUAACGAAGGCGGCGAGGAGGGAAAGUACGGUAAAGAAGGCAAGUACGCGAAAGGCGAUCACCAUUAUGAGGACAAAGGUCAUAAGGUUAACGAGGGCAAGGAUAGUCAUCGCGAAUAUAAAAGCAUGCACGGGGAAAAGAAAGAUCAUAAAGAUGGCAAGAAAUGGUCGUACAAGAAGGGUGACGAUGAAAAAGGUGGUGAGAAGAAUCAUUGAUUCUUGGAUAAUUGCAGAGAUUUUAUUUUUUUAUUAUUACAAAAAUUAAGUUCUUAAAUUCACAGAGAAAGA